AUGGAUCACUUGGUGGUUCUGAUGGUGAUGCUGCUGUUGAGCUCAGACCCUGACGUCAGGGUGGUAGGCGAAGCCAGUCGCUGUGCUGGCACAGUGGAGGUGAAAAAUAUGGGAGAAUAGAGAGCAGUGCACGGUGUUGGCUGGACUCUGAGGCAAGCAGCUGUUUUCUGUAAACAUCUGGGCUGUGGCUCUGCUAUUUCUGUAAGAAAGAAAAUGGUGUCUCUAAGGACUGUGUGGGAGCUCAUACAUGACUGUGUUCAGUCUGCAUUUGCUUUGAGAGAAUGUGCAACAUCAUCGGUCUCUGACAAUACCCUGGAUCUCACCUGCUUAGAGUCUGUCAGACUGAUGAAUGGGACCAGUCUGUGUUCAGGGAGACUGGAGGUGAAGUCUGACCAGAGCUGGUCCUCAGUGUGUGAAGCUGACUUUGACCAGCAGGAUGCAGAGGUGGUCUGUAGGGAACUUGGUUGUGGGUCUCCGUCAGUUGUCCAGGGGGGCCUCUAUGGAGAAGAGGAGUCUCCAUUGUGGAGCAAAGAGUUCCAGUGUGGAGGCCUCGAGUCUGCUCUAAUGGAGUGUAAGAAAUCAGGUUCAGUUACAAGCAGCUGCUCACACAACAAAGUUGUUGGACUCACCUGUGCAGAGCCUGUUAAGAUGGAAGGAGGACCCAAUCGCUGUGCAGGUAAUUUGAAGGUGAAACAAGGAGAAUGGAAAAAUGUGGAUGGCUUUUUUAUGAUGCUGAAGGAAGCUGCUAUAGUCUGUCAACAUCUGGACUGUGGCUCUGCGCUUAGCAUAGACCUUACCAGGUCCUCAGAUAGCUCUGGAUGCAGGAUCGAUUUUGACUGUGUUAAGUCAGGAUUUUCUCUGAAGGAAUGUGCAGUGUCACUGACGGAAUACGACUCUUACUCCAUCCUGAAACUCACCUGUUCAGAUUCUGUCAGACUGCAGAAUGGAGCCAAUCUGUGUUCAGGCAGGCUGGAGGUGAAUAACCAGUUUAACCCGAGCUGGUCCUCAGUGUGUGAAACUGAUUUUGACCAGCAGGAUGCAGAGGUGGUCUGUAGGGAACUUGGUUGUGGGCCUCCUUCAGUCCUCAAGGGGGGGCUGUACGUAGAAGAGGAGACUACAGUGUGGAGCAAAGAGUUCAAAUGUGAAGGCCAUGAGCCCUCUCUCCUGGACUGCAGAAGCACAGAGACAGCAAGAACCAACUGCUCUCCUGGCAAAGCUGUUGCACUCACUUGCUCAGACCCCGAUGAUGUCAGGUUAGUGGAUGGAGCCAGUCACUGUACAGGAAAACUGGAAGUGAACCACUUGGGUGAGUGGGACCCAAUGUGUGGUUCUUCCUGGACCCUGAAGGAAACAGCAAUUAUCUGUGAAAGGCUGGGCUGUGGCUCUGCUGUUUCUGCAAUUGCAGGAAUGGAGACUUUUUCCAGAUAUUGGUGGGAGAUCAACUCUGAGUGUUUCAUGUCUGGAUCUGCUCUGAGGGAAUGCUUAGAACCACGUUACAAUGCAUACCUCAUGUAUCUCACCUGUUCAGACUCUGUCAGGCUGAUGAAUGGGACCGGUCUGUGUUCAGGCAGACUGGAGGUGAAGUCUGACCAGUCUAACCCAAGCUGGUCCUCAGUGUGUGAAGCUGACUUUGACCAGCAGGAUGCAGAGGUGGUCUGUAGGGAACUUGGUUGUGGGCCUCCUUUAGUCCUCCAGGGGGGACUCUAUGGAGAAGUGGUGGCUCCAUUGUGGAGCAAAGAGUUCCAGUGUGGAGGCAAUGAGUCUGCUCUCCUGGACUGUAGGAGCUCAGGCUCAGCUGGAAGCAGCUGCUCACCUGGCAAAGCUGUUGGACUCACCUGCUCAGAUCCUGAAUAUGUCAGGUUGGUGGGAGGAACCAGUCGCUGUGCAGGUAAACUGGAGCUGAAACAUCUGGGAGUCUGGAUGCAAACUGAUGUUAUUGGCUAUGAUUGGACCCUGAAGGAAGCAGCUGUUCUCUGUGAGCAUCUGGACUGUGGUGCUGCCAUUUCAGUAGAACAGAGAAAGGAGUUCCCAAACAGUUCUAAGUGGAAGAUCAUACCUGACUGUUUUCCAUCUGGACGUUCUUUGUGGGAGUGUGUUGAACGUUCCUGGCAGUCCUAUAAUAUCCUUUUUCUCAGCUGCUUAGACUCUGUCAGGCUGAUGAAUGGAACCAGUCUGUGUUCAGGGAGACUGGAGAUGAAGUCUGACCAGUCUAACCCAAGCUGGUCCUCAGUGUGUGAAGCUGACUUUGACCUGCAGGAUGCAGAGGUGGUCUGUAGGGAGCUUGGCUGUGGGUCUCCUUCAGCCCUACAGGGGGGGCUCUAUGGAGAAGUGGAGGCUCCAUUGUGGAGCAAAGAGUUCCAGUGUGGAGGCAAUGAGUCUGCUCUCCUGGACUGUAGAAGGUCAGGCUCAGCUAGAAGCAGCUGUUCACCUGGCAAAGCUGUUGGACUCACCUGCUCAGAGCCUGUCAGGCUGGUGGGAGGAGCCAGUCGCUGUGCAGGUAAAGUGGAGGUGAAACACGCACACUGGAGACCAGUCUAUGGCUAUGACUGGACCCUGAAGGAAGCUGCUGUGGUCUGUGAACAUCUGGACUGUGGCUCAGCUGUUUCUGUAGGACAGAGAGAGGACUCCGCUGAGAGAUCUGUGUGGUGGAUCAAAUCUGACUGUGUUCAGUCUGGCUCCUCUCUGAGGAAGUGUGCAAUAUCAUUUUCAUCAUUCUUCAUCCUGGAUCUCACCUGCUCAGACUCUGUCAGGCUGAUGAAUGGGACCAGUCUGUGUUCAGGGAGGCUGGAGGUGAAGUCUGACCAGUCUGAACUGAGCUGGUCCUCAGUGUGUGAAGCUGACUUUGACCUGCAGGAUGCAGAGGUGGUUUGUAGGGAGCUUGGCUGUGGGUCUCCUUCAGCCCUACAGGGGGGGCUCUAUGGCGAAGAGGAAAAUCCAGUGUGGAGCAAAGAGUUCCAGUGUGGAGGCCAUGAGUCUGCUCUCCUGGAGUGUAGGAGCUCAGACUCAACCAGAGGCAGCUGCUCACCUUGCAAAGCUGUUGGACUCACCUGCUCAGACUCUGUCAGGCUGAUGAAUGGUACCAGUCUGUGUUCAGGGAGACUGGAGGUGAAGUCUGACCAGUCUAACCCAAGCUGGUCCUCAGUGUGUGAAGCUGACUUUGACCUGCAGGAUGCAGAGGUGGUCUGUAGGGAGCUUGGCUGUGGGUCUCCUUCAGCCCUACAGGGGGGGCUCUAUGGAGAAGUGGAGGCUCCAUUGUGGAGCAAAGAGUUCCAGUGUGGAGGCCAUGAGUCUGCUCUCCUGGACUGUAGAAGGUCAGGCUCAGCUAGAAGCAGCUGCUCACCUGGCAAAGCUGUUGGACUCACCUGCUCAGAGCCUGUCAGGAUGGUGGGAGGAGCCAGUCGCUGUGCAGAUGAAACAGCUCUUAGCGUCAGAGUGGUCGUCCUGCCGCUGAUUCUGCUGUUGGAGAAUAUCGUCCUGUAUUUCUACUGGAAGGCCCGCAGGGGGCAUAUGCUGAGGAGACAGGAGACCAGUGGGCUGAUUGACUCUAACCUCGGUGUUUGUGCAUCUCCAGAAGGUCAAAAUGAGACCUCUACAUCAGCGUGA